ACAUUUAAAAAACAAACAUGUGAUUUCGCGAAGACAAUUAGACGACUUCAACGUGAAAAUAAUGAGUUGAAAAAAUCUAGUCUAUCAACUAUAACACUACCAAAACCUAAACGAGAAAAAACUAAAUACCAAACAGAUGCCGAAAAUUUACUUCAUGAUGCCUCAAGUAAGCAGUUUGUAGAGACAAGAGCUUUCAGAGAAGGGAGGCGUAUUUUGGAAAAACAUUUUAUCUUGGGUAUAAUUGGCGCUGUAGGAGAUGGUAAAACAGUAAUGUGUCGGAUGGUCGCCAAUUCGUUCUUGACGGUUCAUAAAAAUUUUAUUCCAUUGGAAAUAGGACACCCGAGGGACCUGGAUUCCGUAACUUUUACAGAUGAGGAUAGCUACUUAUUGAUUAUUGAUGUAAUGUUUGGUAUAUGGACACGUACAAUAAAAGAACAAAUGCAAGAAUGGCCAAAAAAUUUUGAGUUAUUAUAUUUAGCAAAACAAAAACGUAAAUCGGCAAUAAUCUAUGUUAUGAGACAUGAUGUCUACCAGGCUUGUCAGCAUCUUCUUGGGAAGUAUGAAAUAUUCUCUACAUUAUAUCGGUUACAGCUUCAUGAGACACAAUUCCAGUUGUCAAAUGAUGAAAAAAGGGAUAUUUUGCGAUACCAUUUGGGAAACUGUUCCGACAAUAUGCUGGGGAAGAUGGUGGAACACAGUUCAGGAUGCUUUGGUUUUCCAGGUAUUGUCAGUCUUUGUAGUAAAAGUAGUAAAACUUACACAGAAGAAGAAAUUUGGAUGCUAAAUGGUCUAUUUGAUUUUUUGAACAGGGAAUACGACAUAUUCUGGAAGGAAGAUAGAAUUAAGUAUAUGGCUUUAUUUGUUGUAUUUAGUCCACGGCCUCUCUCCGAGGAUGGAAUACGACAAAAGACGAAUCACUUACUACAAAAUCAGAUACAACAAGCAAUGGGGUAUUCCGGUGGAGUAGAAGAUAUUCUCGAUUCGUGCAAAAAUUUAACUGGUUCUUACGUAAUAUGUGAUGAGGAAAAUGAGAAGCGCAUGUCUUUAUCAGAAAAGGUGAUCAGACCCUUUCUGCUUCAUGUCUCUCAGCGAUUUAUAGAACUGACAAUAAAAUUUUGUCCCUUUGAUCUCUUAAUAGAUCACGUGUCUACCGUACCGGAUGAUCACAAGGUUUUCAUAAAGUCCUCUCGUUAUGUUGAUCUAUAUGAAAGAUUCUCUCGUGAAUUGCAGGAGAAGAAUGAAGCUGUGUUAUUCCACCAAGCAUUUCUUGACAGUAAUUUCUUGCAAAAGGUACUUAAUGUAGAUAGUGGUGACAUGCUGCUAAAUCCCGAGCUAAAGAUACAGCUUGGUGGUGAUCCAAUGGACGAGGGACAUUUUCUGCAUUAUGUAUGCUUAUUUGGAUAUUUGAAAGAGAUGCAAAUAGUUUUCGCAUACUCCAGCAAAACUACUGCAAUUUUAUGUGACAUAAAAACAAAGCUUGGGUUGGAUUUAUUAAGCCUUGCCGUUAAAUCCGAGAACGAGGCAAAAGAUAAAAUAAAAUAUUUACGUGAUGAGAAAAAUGUUAUGGAAUGCCAGAGUAAAACUGAAAUUCAACAACUUAUUCGUACAGCAGCCAAGGCAAACAAUUUGGAUACUCUGAAACAUGUUAGUUCUUUUACAGAUAUUGACAUUAGCUCUGUGGAUCUUAACCAGCAAACUUUUCUACACCAUGCCUGUGAUUCGGAUUAUGACGUCCCAGAAAUCGUCCAAUAUCUCAUUGCAAAAGGCGCGGAUGUCGAGGCAAAGGAUAAAAAUGGCUGCACUCCUCUAAAUCUAGCAGUUAAACGAGGAAAAUUCUUGACAAUAGAUUGUCUCAUAAAACUAAAAGCUUCUGUCACCGUGGCUGACAAAGACAGCAAAUUACCCAUUCAUGUAGCUGCCAACUCAAAUGCAGGCCGUUUGGAUAUUGAUACACCUGGUAUAAUAGAACUGUUGGUGGGCGCUGGAUCACCUGUUAAUGCUAAAGAUGCUAGCGGUAGAACACCACUGGUAGAAGCCCAUGCUAAAUUUGACGAAAAGACGAUUGGUGUGUUAAUUAAAAAAGGAGCAGUAGACCAAACUCCUUCGGUUGAACAACUUUCUACGGAUGAACAGUUGUCUACAGAUGGCCAAUCUCUUAUGGUUAAAGAUCAUUCUAUAAAUGAACAGUCUCAUUCAAAUGGAAUUGAUCUUACGGUUGAACAGCUUUCUACAAACGAACAGCUAUCUACAGAUGACCAGCUUCUUACAGCUGACAAACGUUCUGCAGAUGGACAACCUACACGAGAUCACAAAGAUGAUGUUGAAGCAACCGCGAGGGAAAAAAAGAACCAGAUAGAAGAUUCCAGCAACGAAUUUCCGCUCCAUCAUUCAGCGUAUGUUGACGAUAUACAUAAAUUCAUAUCAGUAUUAGACCAGUAUAAAGAUAGUAUAAAAAUAGUAGAUAACGAUGGUAAAACGCCUUUAGAAAGAGCUUGUUUUUCUGAAUUUGAAAUUGUACAUAAAGUAAAGCUUCUUGUUUUUAGAGGUUAUACAUCCUGUAAAAUGCUUGUUAAUAUAUGUCAAUCAGCCCCAAAUGAUUUACUUAAACUUAUAUUUGAUAAAACUAUAUAUGAUACAAUGAACGAAUUUGAUCAAACCGGGAUACUAGAGAUUAGAAACCGUUUAUUACAAGGUGGAGGUUUAGAUGAUCUAGAUACAAACAAAAAAACAUUAUUGCAUUAUGCCUGUCAAUAUAGCACUUUAACGACUGUUCAGUAUUUGAUUGAUAAUAACUGUAACGUGAACUGUGUAGGUGAGCUUGCUAUCGAAGUACAGUAG